AUGUCAUUGACAUACAUUGGUCAACAAUUUACUAUCUAUGGUGGUAUGUUCUUUUUAAUUGGAGGUCUCAUUGGUAAUAGUACGAAUAUAUUAGUAUUUUCAAAUGUACGUACUUAUCGUCGAACUCCCUGUACAUUCUAUUUUCUUACUGCUUCUAUAGCUAAUAUCAUUUAUAUGUCAUUUAAUUCUACUACUCGUAUUUAUGGUAGUAUUUAUGGUAUUGAUUUUACAAGUAUAUCAACAAAUUGGUGUAAAAUACGACAAUUUUUGAUUAUGAUUUUUAGUAUGAUUACUUUGACAUGUUCAUGUUUGGCUACAAUUGAUCAAUUUUUAGCAACAUCAAAAAAUAUUCGUCUUCGACGACUUAGUAAUAUCAAAUGGAGUCAUCGAAUUGUAUUCAUUAUUAUUAUUCUUUGGUUUCUUCAUGCAAUUCCUUCUCUUUUCUUCUUUGAUAUCUCAUUAGCUACUAAAAAAUGUGGAGCCAUUCAUCCUGUUUAUGCUGUUUAUAAUCGUAUAUAUCUUCUUGGUUUAUUAUGCCUUAUUCCAAUGACAAUAACGAUCAUAUUUGGAUGUUUAACUUAUAGAAAUAUUCGUAUGACAAGAGGUCUAAUUGAACAAAAUGUUGAUCGUCAAUUAGCAAAAAUGACUUUAUUUCAAGUGAUUCUCAUUAUUUUUAGUCUUACUCCAUAUAGUAUUAACAGUAUUUAUGGUUUAGUAACAGAGAAUUUUAUUAAAGAUACAAAUCAACUAACAAAAGAAAACUUUAUUACAACCAUCGUUACUGUGAUAACGUAUUCUUAUUAUUCUGGAACUUGUUACAUAUUUUGGUUUUCAUCAGAUCAAUUUCGACGAAAAGUAAAACGUCAAAUACUUUUUUGGCGAAGAGUUAAUCACAUAACACCAUCCGUUGCUCGAUAA